AUGUCGCGAACUCGUCAACCCGCAACGAUACCAUCGCAAUCCACCACUGAAACAUCCGGUGAACCCUCCACAAUCCGUCUCACAGGCACCCUCCGAUUGCGCGCCGAAGAAUCCCCCUCCACGUCCACCAACGGUGCUGAACCCUCCCAGUCUCGGCGAAUUCGCUGGAGCGAAGAUGUCGUCGACAACGAGGGGAUGGGGAAGAAGAGUUCAAAAGUCUGCUGCAUUUUCCACAAAGCCCGACCGGUAGGCGAGAGCAGUUCCGAGGAAUCAUCCUCGAGUUCAUCCGACAGUGACACCGACAGCGAUUACGAUCGUCGCAACGAUAUGGCUCGCCGUGCAAAUUCAAGACGGGGACGAAGUCCCUUGGGAGAAGAUGGGCAUGAGCAUGGCCACAAUCAUGACCACGAUGGGAUGUGUGCUGGAGCGUCAGUGUCAGCUUCGAAAAGCAAGAUCAAGCGUGCGAGAAGAAAGCCUAGUCCCAAUGCCUAUGAGAAGAUGCCAAAGCCGUCGAAGAAUCCGCAAAUGCGGGGACCUUGA